AUGGCGUCUUCGCUCGAACGGGGUUCUUCCUUGCGCGUCACACUGCUGAACAUUGAAGUACGAUCGUUCGAGGACGGAUGUUUGCGAGCGCAUCUCAAUCUCAGCGAAGGCGAUAUCAAGCUUGCGCCCGUGUCAUUGCAGGUGCAGGGUGAUAGAGACCCUGUCGUCAGGGAAGCCAGCCUGCUGAAAGGGGUCGCACGCGAUGCUGCAUCUGGAUGGUACUCUAGUGGGCGUCAAUUCAAGGGUGCAACGCGGAUUCUGAGCACAGGUAUUCCUGCGACAGGUGCUCACGUCAACCCGAGGCACAUGUCGUCCAGAAAGGAUAAAGACGAGAUCGGCGAUGGUAGCGAGGGCGAAGAUGACAAGACACGGGGAAGUACAAAAGCAUCUCUGAUUGUAUCGAUUGCAGCAUCAAAUAUGUGGAUGACGCUCCUCAUUAGUGAUGGCAAGCUUCGCCUCAUCUGCCUUGCAGAUGCUACCCGCACCUGGGCUACAGCCUUGUUGCCAUUCGUGCCAUGGUGCCUUGAAUGCUUUGGGAAUACUACGAAUCAACCAUAUGCAUUUGAGUCUGAUGAAGAGAUGUCAGCGACAUCCGGCUGA